AUGAGCGAGGAAUUGGUGCCAAUGGUUAGUUUGUUUUUUGAAUUUCUUGUCAAAUUUUGAGAUUUUCAGACAAUUGGUUGGUUCGACAUGCCUUUUGAGAUGCGAGAAAUGGUUAUGGAACAAAUGGAAGUUAGGACAAAAGGAAAAUUAAUGCAAUGCUCAAAGGAUUGUGAUGAAGAAGUCAAAGGAACGAAGAAUUUCAUUGAUAGAAUCGAAUUGUGUUUGUCUUCAAGAUUUGCCACCAUGGAAGUAUUUUUCGCCGAUGGUUUUAAAUUCAAAUUCAUUAAAAGCAACGAGUUAAACGAUAAGAUAUUUCUGCAAUUUAACAGGUAAUGAAAAGAAACCUUUCUCAUAUCAAUAUCAUAUUUUUAGUUCAAGAUUAAAGGAAUUUUCUGAAAAAUUGGUGGGAAGUUUCGAGGAAAUUUCCUUGAAUCGAAUCAAAAAUUGGAUUUAUAAGGCUGUCAAUCUCGACACUUUGAAUGUGAAAUUGGUGAGAAGAGCUCGUUUGAUCAAUAAAAAUCAAUAUAUUUUUGUAGGCCGAUUUUCCAUUGGUUGAUUUUGACAUCACUCAUCUCAAGAAAUUGAAAUAUAUCAAAAUUGAAAGUGAAAUGAGUUUUGGUGAAUUUUUGAAUGAUGGAUUGAUGGUAAAAGAUCAGGUAACAAUUUUUUGGCUCUGAAAUAUUAAUAAAAAGUUUUCCAGUUUUGGUCGAUCGAAAAUAUCACUAUGGAGAAUGUCAAAUUGGCAAUUGAGGAUUUAUGUGAUAUUAAAGCGGAAUCUAUCGAACUGAAAAAUACAAAUGUGUCAGCAGAAAUGUUGAAUCAAUUUUUGAAAUCAUGGAUCAGCGGAGAAAUUGACAAAAAAUUCACUAAAAUGAAGAUCGGAAUGAAGGAAAAUAACAACAAGACAGAAUUGUCGAGUAUUAUUCUCAAAGAAGUUAAUGCAAUUGGUCAACACGAGAAACAUUAUUGCAUUUGGGUUAGAUUGAUGAACGAAAACAACGAAUGGGCCGAAAUUCAUAUUUCUUCUAACUCAUUCAUUAUGAUUUGCAAAACUUCCGCAGAAAAGUUUGAAUAUAAAGGAUUCGACAUUAUUGAAGAAAUGAAUAUGGUGGAUCUUUCUGACUUUUCCGAAAUAAUGGGACAAUUGGAAUUAAUUGAAGAUGUUGAAUUUGACCCUGAAGAUUAUGAAGGAAUGUAUGAUUUUUAUUAG